AUGAAGAAUAUCUCCCUUGUUGUUGCGGUAUUUGUGCUUAUGAGCUUCCUUGCUAUUGGAUGCAAUGCUGAAUUAUGCUACAAAGACAAAAAAAUAAUACCAGGGUUUUGCACGGACUCUAAGUGCUAUAACACAUGCAAAUCUUCCUUUGGAAUAGGAGCUUCAGGACAUUGUAAAAAUUUCUUUACUUGCCGGUGCGUAAUGCAAUGUGAUAAUUAA